GUAUACGCUUUUAGAUGUUAGGCAGCUUCCAAGAUUCCAAGAAGUACUUUUUAGAUCAUUGCCUUUGUGAAUUUUGAAAGACAGGUUGCCAGAUUGAAAGAAUCUAUAUAUUUGUGAGAUUCCUUAGUGGAGAUUUUAUUACAAUAAGAUAAAAAAUUUCGAUUGGCAAUUCGUAUGUAAGCAAUGUUGGGAGUUAGAGCUUUAACCUUAGCUCUUUGUUGUUAUCAUGAUUAAUGAACUCAGGCUGGCAAAUCUUUCUUUAUAACAAAAUCUAUUAAUUGUGACUUUUUUUUGGCUAAAUUUGAGAAAAUGCAUUGAAAAGUUCUCUUUUUGUUUUUACUAAUUUGAAACCUAGCCAAGUAUAACUUAGUCACUUAUAACUUUUAGGUUUUUUUUUCUUUUGGAUAUAUGCUGACAUUGAUCGAGUUUUUCAGGAGUAUGCUGAUAACUACGACAGUGAGGACAUUUCUUGUUAAGCCACAGGAACAGGAGCAGAAUUUGAUUUGUUUGCUUGUCCUCUGAGAGUGAGGAAGCAUGAGCCAUCUUUGUGAUUUUUGUGGGGAGCAAAGAUCUGUCAUCUAUUGCAGGUCCGAUGCUGCUGCUUUGUGCUUGUCAUGUGACCGCAUUGUUCAUUCUGCAAAUGCACUUUCUCGACGCCAUUCGCGCACUCUUUUGUGUGACAGUUGCAGCACACAACCUGCUUUUGUUAGGUGCAUUGAGGAAAGUGUUUCACUCUGCCAAAAUUGUGAUUGGAAUAAGGAUGGUGGAUCAGCAGUUGCCAAAGGACAUAAAAGAGAGACAAUAAAUUGCUACAUAGGUUGCCCGUCUGCAGCUGAGCUUUCGAGAAUGUGGCCAUUUUUUAAGGAGUUUCCUCCUAUAGAGGAUGCUGAUUGUGAACAGGGAUUGGGCUUGAUGACCAUCGAUGAGAACAGUGUUACUAAUUGUUGGGGACAUCCGGAAAACAGCAUUUCUGGUGCAGGCAAGCUGAAUAAUCCAGGAGCUUUUGAUAAGUUUGAUUCCUUGAUUGGAUCAUCUUCGAGGCCUGCAAUAUGUUUGAUGCCCUGUACUGCUGAUCUGGUAGCUGGUUCAGUAGAUUCAACUACACCUAAGUUAUCUUGUCCUGGGACAAAUGAUUCUGAAUUAUGCAAAGAUGGUCUCUGUGAUGAUUUUAAUUUGGAUGAUGUGGAUUUGACUUUUCAAAACUAUGAAGAACUUUUUGGUUUAUCUCAUAACCAAACAGGGCAUCUUUUUGAUGAUCACGGGAUAGAUGUGAUUUUUGAUCCAUGGGACACUUGUGCUGCCAAUUCGAACUGCCAGGAUGAAUUUGUUGGAGAGGCAUCUUCUGAGGGGCAGGUUAAGCCUUUGCCAACAACAUGUAGCAAUGCAGUCUCUGCUGAUUCUGUGAUGUCAAAUCCAGGACAAAAUGUGGAUUCAAGUAUGUUUUUUCCAGCACGACAAGCCCACUCCUGUCUAUCCUUUUCCUUUUCUGGUUUGACUGGUGAAAGCAGUGCCCGGGAUUAUCAAGAUUGUGGUGUGUCAUCAAUGCUUCUUAUGGGUGAGCCUCCAGUGUUCCCAGCUGGACCUGAGAGUUCCAUGUUGCCUACAGCCAGCAGGGAUAGCGCUGUGAUGCGCUAUAAAGAAAAGAAGAAAACACGCAAGUUUGAGAAAAAAAUAAGGUAUGCUUCUCGCAAGGCUAUGGCCGAAGUGAGAAGGCGGGUGAAGGGCCGGUUUGUCAAGGCUGGUGAAGCUUAUGAUUAUGAUCCACUUGCAAAGACAAGAAGCUGUUAAGAGCAUUAUCUUAGUAUAGUAUAAAAAUCAGUUGUUAUAUAUUUGGGAAAACAAAGACUGACGUUGGUCACCCUUCCCUGGUGAUUAAGAUGUUUAUCAGCCUACUCGAAGAAAUAAAAAGGAGAACAAGAAAGGCAGUCUGAUUGGCGGCUGAAAAUAUUCCAGUUGAAAGUGCUCAGUCCAUUCUAAAUUGCUGAGGCACAUUCUGGAACUUCCCAACAACCUGAUCCUGUAAAUGUUGGCCUUUACAGUGUUCGAUAGUAAAUAUUCUACAACCUGUGUAAACGGCAGCACAUAUUGGUUUAAUGUUUACCUGGUAUCGAUGCUGCUAUACGUUGACUCUGAUGACGAGUCUUAUUCCUCUUCUUCUUCCUCCGUUUUUUUUUUUUUUUUUUUUUUCUCUGAUCCCACUUGAGGGUUAGCCGCCAAGCGACAUGCUGCAGUGUGCUAUUCCCAGCUUAGAUAUCUGAUUCUGACAUUUAUACCAUUCUCUAUAUUGUUUCAUGUUAAAUUUGCAGAGUAUAACUCUGUUGUUGUAAUCAGCAAAUAGCUCUUUGUAUCCAUUCAAAUGUGAAGGAGAAUUUUGGAUGUAACAAGAUUCUUGGAAAAGCUGUACACUUGGUUUUCGA